GACAAAUUGUACUCUGGACCUUGGCCGCGUAUUGCCCCAGUUGUGGGCAUGUCUAUCCUCGUAAACACAUCGUUCACACUACUUCCUUGUUAUGGCGCUUCUCCUCACUGCAAGCUCGGAGCAAAUCUGUCCAUGUUCCCUGUAAUCGUGCCCGCUCUGGGAACCAACCAACCCCAGGAAGUCUGCCCGGCCGUCCAUCUCCCGUCCGGCACCACUGACUGACUUGACUAUAUAUCUCUUCUGUCCCCAUCCGCUUCCCAUGUCUAUUUGAGGACGUUUUGCUUUUCCAACCUAUUUCUUUAUUUUCUAUCUUUGCUCUUUGGGCCCAAUUGGUCUGUACCAUGGAUUUGUCAUAAACGUUCUGCUCUCCCAUCUCCUACUUGUACAUUACCCUCUCCUCCACCGGUUGCUGUCAGGGGCUGUAGUGGUGCUCGAUGCCCAGUCCUCCAUCCGAAGUCGUUCGUUGCACACCAAUUGAUUUUCCACCUCCAAAACGGAAAAAGGCUUCCAGGGUGUAGACGAGCCAGCUCUGCCUGUCUCACUGACCACAAGGAUCACACGGCCUUGUACAAGCGCGAGCACCGUUGCCAGCUUGUUGAACGCAGUCCUGCAGCUUCCGUGGGCCCCUCUUCCCCGAAGUGCUCGACUCGCUCACCGGAUCCCCGUCCGUCAUAUCUGUGACAGUCUCUUCAGGUGUGGUAACACCACGUCGAGAUACUCCAGAGCCACAGGAUCGAGCGUUCUUGUCUGCAAUCACAAAAUUGCCGUAGAAGGAGAAACGCCUUCGAGACAAGCACCAGGGACUUUGUGCACGAAUCCCCGGCCAAGCAGCUCUAUCAGCCCUGAAAUACCCAUCUCCAGGGUGAUUAUUCCUGCGGCCUCUCCAACCAGGCCUGGUUGGAACGAACCCCAUUGGAAUCCGACACAGAUCGCCACUGCCCCCAGCUUCACGUUCGAAAGAUCUGCUGGAGCGACCCCGCUGUGACCACCAGUACAACUCUACCAGCAAUGGCGAACUCGACAGCGCCAAGUAUCACUCCUGAUACUCAUAACAUUAUGAUUCCAUUUACGGCUUCCUUGUGGAGCUCCGUCGGUGCUAUCGAUUUCUCCUCCAUUUGGUACUCAACCACUGUUUGGGCUUGGAUUUUCGUCGUCUGCUGGGUGCACCGGUAUUUACGUCUACUCGUCCACUGCUGGAGCCACUGGACGUACAAGUCAAAGCCUAUCCCUGAGAAGCCUAGUUUCACACAGGAUGAUGUGACAGUGGUGAUCCCUACAAUCCACAACCGUAUGGAGGAGCUCCGCCCCUCCCUCGAGAGCAUCUUGGCUUGCCGGCCGUACGAGCUCAUCCUCAUCACAACCGCCGCCAAGUAUGAUGCCUUGAAGAAGCUGGCCGACUCGCUGAACCACCCUCGGGUCCGGGUUCUGUUCACGCAAAUUGCAAACAAGCGUCUGCAAGUCUGCGCCGCGCUGCCAAAGGUCCGGACUAGUAUUACUAUCAUGGCGGACGACGAUGUCGAGUGGCCCAACACUUUGAUGCCAUGGCUCCUGGCACCUUUCGAGGAUCCCAAGAUUGGCGGCGUGGGUACGUGCCAGCGUGUGCGCCGGGAAUGGAACGCCGAUCUGAAGACGCGAAUUUUCAACUGGCUGGGAGCUGCUUACAUCGAGCGCCGCAACUUCGAGAUUUCCGCUACCCACAACAUUGAUGGAGGAACUUCCUGCAUGUCCGGACGCACGGGGGCUUACAGGUCUGAAAUCCUUCAAAGUGCCGAGUUCCUAGAUGGUUUCCAGCGUGAGAAGUGGCGCCACUACAUUCUCAACGCCGACGACGACAACUUCGUGACUAGGUGGCUGGUCAGCCGCCAAUGGAAGACCUGGAUCCAGUACGAGCGGGAAUGUGAGCUCGAGACCACCUUGGAGAACGGAAUGAAGUUCUUGUACCAGUGCUCCCGGUGGGCGAGAAGCAACUGGCGGAGUAACUGGACCAGCCUGGUGAUUGAGCGAUAUGUGUGGCGCCAACAACCAUGGUGCACAUAUGCCCUGCAUAUCGCCACCUUCACGUCCCUGGCUUUUCUGAUGGAUCCAUUCAUCAUUUUCUCUCUUUGGAAGGCUACGGCAGACUGGGAUCCAACAAGCAGGCAAUAUGCCUUCUGGGCGCAGAUUAUCUUCGUGUUUGGGUUUACCAAAGUCGUCAAGCUUGUCGGUCUCUUUAUGAGAAACCCGAGCGACAUCAUGUUCCUGCCUGUCUCGAUCCUUUUCGGAUAUUUCCAUGGCCUCAUCAAGCUUUACGCUCUCGCCACUCUCAACAUGACGUCAUGGGGCAGCCGAGCAGAUGGUGAUGUCCACGACCGACAACGUCUCAUGAGACCCCAGCGAAGUCUCAGCAUGAGCACGCCGAACGGAAAGGGUGAGCUCGUACGCUACGUCACUCAGCGCCGCAUGACAUUGCCUUCCCGGUACGAGAAGCCCGUCAUGCACGAUGUCGACUGAGCGAGCCUCGAUCGGAUUUGUGCUUCCUGGGGGCUCCAGACACAACUCGGGCAACUAUCCUGAGCCACGGCGCAACCUACUGGCGAUGGGCUGGCAAGGUCCUCGGCCCUUUUUGCCUUUGGUUGGGUUGGAAUGACUUGAUGAUUUCACGGCCAUGAGAACAAGAAUUACUACUACUACUAUUAUUACUACUACUACCACCACCACUACUACUACGGCGUUGGCGGGUUUAUGAGGUUCGACAGCACUCUUCACGACCAUCGCUACAGUCCGCGGGUACGCCUGCUCUACAGGCGACGCCUCAUCCUGCCGAGCUGGGAUGGGCGAGCCGGCGGAGGCCUUGUACAUGUUUGGGCACGGAUGUUAUUCUUUGAUUUUUUAUUUCCCGGAUCCCAUUCCCGCCCUCUUGUCAGCUUCUUCCCCACUUUCUACCAAAAAGAGUCCGGGCCAGAAAAAGGAAAAGGGCAUGCGGGGAGAAUCCCAUAACGAGGGGUCCAGCAGGUGGACCGCCGAUGUACGACAUGCCGGCUAAGGAUUCAAAAUGUGAUCACGGGCAAGGGUGGGACAAAACAAGAUGUUUUUGUUUGAUUCUUGGGAGGAGGUUCUUGUCGGGUUUUGCCGGCGCAGGUUGGAACUACUGCUUUCCUGGUCUGAGUCCCCCUACUGGCAUUUGACGCACCAGAAGAUGUGGCGCGGCGCUGUGCUUUCUUUCUGCAAGACAAACAUAGAGAUGCGUACUUUUGAGGCAUACUGUGGCUGGCAGAAGAUAGACAUGCAAACAUUGGAAACGAAAUACAAAUUUCACUGCCUAAUUCUUGUUUUGGGGGCCCCUAGAAAAUGCUGUGAUACCCCAGUCUCCUGUAAGGUCUGAGCUGAAAACACGAGGCUACGAUAGCGGCAGUCCAAAUCCGUCGACCCACAUGUUAUAAGUCACCACAGAUGUCUGAGAUUGCCCACACUCUCAGGAUCUAUUCGUCCGGAUCGGCAACGGGAGUCAUCAGAUGUGCCUCGUGUUGUGAAGGACAAUGCACAAUGGCGCAGACGGGAGACGCACGCCGUCAAGGACAAUACA